AUAAUAUUUUGCGCCUGCGCUCUUGAUGGUCUACGCGACAUACCUAAAAUCAUUUUGUGGAAAAUUUGAAGUUUGUUGUUAUUUGUGACAACUUAUAAUUCAUAAUUAUUUAUGAAAGCUUCGUGCUAAUUACCAUUCCAGGCGCGGGGAAAGAUUUCACUAAGGUGGUUAGCCUGGAUGCGUUCCGACACUAUACUUCGAGCGGUGUACGGUAGCCAUCUUGGAAUCGAACAAAGCUUCAGAUGUGUAGUUUGUCUGUUUAUCAAUAAUUUUUGUGCAUUUUCUUGUAAAUAGUUUGUAUGUUUAGGAUAUGUACGGAACGUUCGUCCAUAUGUGUAAAUAGCUAUGGCUGCGACAAGGAAAUUACAAGGUGAAAUAGACAGGUGUUUAAAAAAGGUUACGGAGGGCGUGGAGACGUUCGAUGACAUCUGGCAGAAGGUACACAAUGCGACGAACAGUAACCAAAAGGAGAAGUAUGAGGCAGACCUCAAGAAGGAGAUCAAGAAGCUUCAGAGGCUACGGGAUCAGAUCAAGUCGUGGAUCGCCUCCGGGGAGAUUAAGGAUAAGAGUACACUUUUAGAAUAUAGGAAACUAAUAGAAACACAAAUGGAAAGGUUUAAAGUAGUGGAACGGGAGACGAAGACGAAGGCGUAUUCCAAGGAGGGCCUGGGGGCGGCGCAGAAGCUCGACCCUGCGCAGAAGGAGCGCGAGGAGAUGUCCUCGUGGCUCGUCUCCUCCAUCGACGCACUUAAUUUACAAGUUGAUCAAUUUGAGUCUGAAAUAGAGUCACUGCUAGUGGGUAAGAAGAAACGACUGGACAAAGAGAAACAGGACCGCAUGGAGGAUCUUAAACUCAAGCUGGAGAAGCACAGGUUCCACAUAAAGAAGUUAGAGACCCUCCUACGGAUGCUGGAUAACAUGUCCGUUGAAGUUGAACAGUGUUCGCUGGUCCCACAGAUAAAGAGGAUAAAGGAGGACGUGGAGUACUACAUCGACUCGUCACAAGACCCUGGCUUCGAGGAGAACGAGUACAUCUACGACGACAUCCGGGGGCUGGACGACAUCGAGCUCAGCGGCGUCGGCCUGCCCUCCUCAGCCACCACCGACAGCAACAACAGCAACGACUCCGCAGGAUCUCCUACUAGCAUGCUCUCAGGUACAAGUCCAGUAACAUCACCAACGUUAGAGGUACACAAUCACUCCACAGACUCCAUAGACGUGGAAAAAAAGAAAAAAGAAGAGAUCAUAACCAAAGUGUGCGAUCUGUCUUUUUCACCGACGAUUCAUACAAACUUGCCGGUAAAACCUCUGCCGCUGCGCGCGGUGAACGCGGGCGUCAGUAACAGCACGUGUAACGUUAGUUCCUUGCUCAAUAACUCCGCAGCAUCCACCAAUAGCGUGGGCGUGGCGGGCGGCGCCGCCAGCCCGCCGCACGCGCGGCCUAGCGGGCCGCCGCCGCAGCACACCAACAACAGUACCGAAGUAGUGGAGAAUGGUCCGGUGUCGACAACACCCGCGCACACGGCCACGCAUCUACCGCCUGCGCCCGCGCAACCACCGCCAACGUCAAAGAGUUCGUCGGUGCCGCUGCUGGGGCCGGGCGCGGAGCCGGCGUCGCCGCUCACCGUCAACGGGCCCAGCCAGCCGCAGCACCACACGCCACAGCACCAACCUAACAAUGGUCGAGUAAGCGAGUCGUCGAGUACGGCGGGCGCGGCGCCGGGCAGCGGCACGGCGUCGCUCAAGAGCAUGGCGCAGCAGGCCGUGCAGCGAGCCGGCCUCGACCAGCACCAUCCACAGAGCGUCCGUCGCGGCGCGAUGCUGGCGGCGGCGCACAUCCCGCCGCUGCUGGGCGUGGCGCCGCUCGGCCCGCUGCCGCUCAACUCGGAACAUCAGCUACAAUUCCAAAUGUUGGAGUCUUCGUUCUACCACAUGCCCCACCCGUCCGACUCGGAGCGAAUGAGGGUGUACCUCCCCAGAAAUAUAUGCCAGACGCCCUUAUAUUAUAACCAGGUGCUGCUACCGCACUCAGACUCAGUGGAGUUCUUCCAGCGUCUGUCGACAGAGACGUUAUUCUUCGUGUUCUACUACAUGGAGGGCACGAAGGCGCAGUACCUCGCCGCCAAGGCGCUGAAGAAGCAGAGCUGGCGCUUCCACACCAAGUACAUGAUGUGGUUCCAGAGGCACGAGGAGCCCAAGGUCAUUAAUGAGGAGUAUGAACAGGGCACAUAUAUCUACUUUGACUACGAGAAGUGGGGCCAGCGCAAGAAGGAGGGCUUCACGUUCGAGUAUAAGUACUUAGAGGACCGUGACUUGAACUGAGCGUGACAGUGUUGUGUGCCGCGCCGCCGCCUCCAUUCCUGCCGCAGUGCUGCGACCGCCGCUGUGCCGAGCUGUGCCGUGCCGGGCCGAGCUGUGCCGAGCUGUGCCGACGGCUCUCGCGGGCGAGGGCCGCCCGACGCCCCACUCUAACUUAAAACAUAGUGUAUUCGAACAUAUUCUGGCAGUUUUGUAAAAUGGAAUUAUUUGUGGGACGAGUCAGUCAGUAUUUGAAGCCGAAGUGUUUGUAAACUGUACACAAGAACGAACAAGCGAAAGAUAACGUGAAGAUUAGUUUCAGCCAUACAAGGUUGUUAGUAGCGAAACAUGUGAUAUUGUUAUAGGCGCCCGGGCCGGCCUCGACACUCCGACACUUGACACUCACACCGCGACACUCGCUGUCUGCGCGACACGUGCAGUGGCCGCGGAACACGAUGCUGAUGCUGUGCUGUCGCGCAGACAGCGCCGCGUCGCACUUCACUGACAACUUCAUACAAAUCUCCAUUGAUUGGCAAACGCACAUUCUAAUUGUAUUACUUUAUGGAGUACUGUGGACGUGAGGCUUUAAUAUUUUAUUUAUCAGACGUAUGUUCGGCUUGACCGCGAAGUCAAACGAAGGUCGAUUCGAGGACGUCCCGGGUCAUUUGUUUUUUAACUUGUGUAUAGACAUUGGAAUAGUUUGAAAUUAUUUUAAGUGCUAGCUGUCGCGCACCCCGCCCUUUGUAUUUGUGAUCUUAAUUUUUGUAGACUGACUAGUUUUCUUAUAAUUGUGAUCAAUACUGACUCGUGUCAGCGUUCCUGCGAGGGCGAGGUGCGGCUCAGCUAGAUACCUAAAUAUAACUACAAUAAGGACCUCCAGUGUGAUUUCAUUAGUUUGCUAAGUAAUACACUUUUUCACCUCCAAAUUAUGUAUAUUUUAGUUAGUGCAUUUAAAUUUGAACAAAAGUUAAAUUAUGUAAGAGCAUGCAUGUCACACUGCCAAUGUAUUAUAUUAUUGGAUAGAUAUUAUGGUAUAUAUUAUAAAUUGUACUUAUUUAUUGUUUGUGAUAAAUUAAUUGUGAUGCACCGGCACCGCUUUGUAUCGAGGUGAAAGAGUAUAUUAUCGAGGGUAAUGUGAACACGAACGCAACAGAGCUACUGCCAGAUGAGUGAGAUGUACCAACACGUCUUGUUUCCAUUGUUCGUCUGACCAUAGUGUAAUUUUGUAUUGAAAUUGAAUGAUAAUGUAACGUAGCACACGCGUCGCGCAGCUCAAUUAGAUUCGCGUCGCCGGCGUGUUGGUGCCGCGUGGCGCACGAGUGCGGACGUGUGCGGCACGCGUGGCGACGCGUGGCGCUCGUGUGGCACACGUGUCGGCGACUCGUAGUGAAGCGGUAGGUAAGCGGUAACUGCGCGCGAUCUCGUUUAUUACGUGCGUAAUGUUGAUAGUUUUCACUUUUGUAAAAAGUCUAUCGUGAGAGCAGAUGAGAUGUGGUAAAUAAUUUAAAAAAUUAUCUGUACAGUUCUAUUUGUAUAGAAAUAAUAAAUAACGAUUAAAAAAAUUUAAAA